UUAUUCGACAUUAAUCUUCUCCUCUAUUUUUUCCCGUUCUCAUCAAUCCCAUUCAAACUUUUACUUUCUCUCUCCAUAUUCUUCUCGUCUUUUCAGUUUUCCCCUCUCCCGCCCAACCCCUCAUUUUACCAGUUUUAUAAAUCAAUUUUUAUUUAUUUAUUUUAUUUAUUUUGCCAAACAAACCGCCUUUCUUCUUUGCUAAGAAUAAGGAAAAACAGCCCCAAAAAUAUUUUAAAAUUUGAAAAAUAAUUAAAAAAAAUCAUCUUCUUCUUCCUUAUUUUUCUCUCUCUUCAAAUCCCGUCACUUUUAUCGAGGAACAUAAUUAAUAAAGCAACCUUUACCUUCCCCAAAACACGAGAAAUAACGCCAGGUUUCAAAAACACAAUCAAUCAUCUUCCAGAUCUGCAAUUUUCACCUCCUCUUUCUCUUUCCUUCUCUCAGAUCUCAAACCCUACCCCUAUAGAUCUACGCCUGUUCUCCCUUCCUUUCUAUAUUCUCCUUUUUUAUUCGUCAUCAAUGGUGGUUAACGCGAGGUCUCUUAAGAGGAUGAAGCGUCGGGUUACCGCCGAGUUUCCUGACUUUUUGAGUUUUCCGGCGCCGGGAUCUGUCCAUAGGACAGCCGGAGCUCCUUUUCGGUCUAACGUGAAAGCGUUUUUGGCCCGCCACGCGCUUCUACCUCCUCCGUCCUCUCUCCUUCCUCACCUCGUGACGUGGCAGACUCUCUUCCGCGCCGGUGACUCGGCCGAGUCGGCGGAUAGCCUUUCCCCCGCGGUUGUCUGCGUCGACGUCGUUGAGGAGGAUGUCGCGAGGUCCAGAUCUGUGUACUGCGACCAGUGCCGUGUCGUUGGAUGGAGUGGGCACCCCGUAUGUACAAAGAGGUAUCACUUCAUUAUCAAAGCAGAUGGGAACUCAAUUGGUGGGUAUGUGAAGCCAUGUCCUAAAUGUGGAGAUUCAAUCAAUCUUGCUGAUCCUAGGUGUAAGGGAUGCCAACAUGUGAUGACUUCUGAUGAUGUUGAAGACUGGGUGUAUCACCAGUUAGAGGACACUACUCAUCUAUUGCAUGGUGUAGUCCAUGCUAAUGGAUAUGGACACCUUCUUAGAGUCAAUGGUAGAGAAGGUGGUUCAAGGGUCCUUACAGGAACUGAUAUCAUGGACUUCUGGGAUCGCUUAUGUAAAUAUCUCGGAGUCAGAAAGAUCAGUGUCAUGGAUGUAUCCAAAAAGUAUGGGAUGGAGUACCGGCUUCUUCAUGCCAUUACAAAGGGGCACCCGUGGUAUGGGAACUGGGGUUAUGAGUUUGGAUCUGGAAGCUUUGCUCUUACUCAAGAUGCCUAUAGGGAGGCUGUUGAGACUCUCUCCCAUAUGCCACUCUCUUUCUUCAUUUUUCAAGGGAGGAAACCACGCACUCACAUUCAGGAUUUGAUACUUUUUUACCAAUCUCUCUCAGAAUGUGAGCUUGUAAAUACUAGGGACCUCUUUCACUUUGUGAUGAGUCUGGUCCACGACGUGCAAAAACCCUCCCUUGUCAGUGAACAUACUUUCAAGAAACGCCGAUCUUGUGCACCAGGUGUAUUGUGUGCAUGGACAAAAAAUGACAUCAAACGGGUUGAGGGUGCUAUGGUCAGAGUCUUACGUGCAGUUACAGGUUCCAACUGGGUGAGUUGGCGUACUCUGAGGGGAGCUGUUUGUAAAGCAGGACCUCCAGAGCUACUGGAUUACUGUUUAAAGGAAUUUGGUGGCAAGCAGACUCCUGAAGGAAUGACUGUUCAUGCUCGUUGUAACCCUAAUACUGGUGCACUCGAGUAUAGGGUGGAGUCUGGAAACUUUUCUCUGCAAGGAAAUUCGGGGUGUGCAUCUUCAUUUUUGAACUUCCCAUCCAGAGAACAAAUCCUACAGGACAUGAGAUUUCUGUAUGAAUGUCUACUUCAUCCGUUGACAAUGAUGAAAUUUGGACCCGAGGGGAGAAGGGAGUGUGCACUCAGUGCAGCGUCAAGGCUUCUUGAUUGCAAGCAGUUUGUUAAGAACUACAAGCCUGAGAAUGCAUUAUCACUUGAAAAUCCUUCUGCAAUUUACAUCUAUUGCCAAGUAGAACUUCCCGAGCACCUAUCAGAAGAGCACACUAUAAAGCCACCUCCCGAACUCAUUGCCCUUUCUCCCAAUGCCACCAUUUCAGACCUUAAAGUUGAAGCUUCCAAAGUUUUUCAGGAAGUUUACGUGAUGCUUAAAGGGUUCCAAGCAGAAGAGCUAGUUGACUAUCGAGGUGUAGAGGAUUCCACCCAGGUCAGGCUUUUAUUUCCUUCCCUCCUGACCGUGAGGAUUCAGGGUAGGUGUCCUUUAAAGAACGGGCUGGGUCGGUUCCGUUCUGAAAGAGGAGUCGAGAGGUGGACAGUGGAGUGCGGCUGUGGGGCCCGUGAUGAUGACGGGGAGAGGAUGUUGGCGUGUGAUGCAUGUGGUGUUUGGCAGCAUACUAGGUGUGCUGGAAUUCUGGACUCCGAAGCUGUGCCAGGGAAGUUUCUUUGUAGUAGGUGUGGUGGAGGUACUAGCAGGGUGGACUUGGGUAAUGUUGUGUUGAACUGCAAGGAUGAGUCGAUGGUGGUGAGCGGCGGUGGUGGUGGGAAAAGCCUGGCUAUGAUGUUCGAUGUACGUUAGGUUAACUUAGGUUAGGCAUUUUGGUAUUUUGUUUUACCCUUUGUAUAUUUUUUUAGGGGGUUUUCAGGCCGGCGAGGAAUACAUGUAAAUAUCUUCAGAAGGGCCUGCCGUAGCUAUCGUUUAAGCUAUUUAUGGGUUUAAGUUAAGCUCCUUAUUUUUUUUUGUAACUUGUAAAGGUUAUGCUCUCUAACUUGGAUGGAGCUUUGUAGAUACGGUAAUGAAAAAUCGAAAAAAAAAAAGAGAAAGAAGAAAAUAUUGAAAAAAAUGAGAGAAGAAAAUCUUAUUUAUUAUGUAGUUCAAAAUUUCUGGAUA